AUGAGUAAUGUUAAGCGCACCACACCGAGGGUGGUGGUAGAAAUGAGGGCCAUGAGUGCGAAGAGCAAGGAGUCUAGAAAGACAACAUUGCAACAUGCGAUCGAUCGGAAGUCCCUGACUUUAGGGUUUUUGUUGGUCUUGUUGGGACUACCGCAACGGAAGACACGGAAAUCAAACAGGUUCUUCGACGGCGUCCAGUACGGCAAAUACAUCCUCACGCAGUUCACCCCCUUCCAGGCCCUAAUCCAGCCGCUCGUCCCCGCGAUUAGAGUCUUCAAGAGCUUCCCCUUCAACGGAUUCCUCGUCUUCCUCACGCUCUAUUUCGUCGUCGUCAGGAAUCAGAACUUCAGCAGGUACGUCAGGUUCAACACUAUGCAGGCGAUUGUCCUCGAUGUGCUGCUGAUUUUCCCUGACCUGCUGGAGCGGACGUUCAAUCCGAGGGACGGCGUUGGAUUGGAUGUGUUGAUGAGUCUGGAUAGCACCGUGUUUUUGUUCCUGUUGGUUUCCUUGAUCUACGGCUCCUCUGCUUGCUUGCUCGGAAACCUUCCUAGAUUGCCGAUCGUUGCUGAGGCUGCUGACAGGCAGGUAUUGUGAAUCUCACCUCAUUCUUACGCAUUUAGCUUUCACCAUUGUAGCAGAUGAUUCGACAAUAGCGAUUUCUGUAAUGUGUAAUAAUUGUGAUGAUUUUAGCUGGUGAAAUAUAUGAUGAUUUUGGAA